AUUUUUAACCCGUGCAAGAAGUUAUAAAAAGGGCUGUUGCCGGCGGGGAAGUCCACAACGCCGGCAAGGAAAAGGUGGCAAUGAUAGGAGAGAGUGAAGCUGGUUGGACAGUGGUCCAAACAAAAAAAGCCAAGCAACAUAUGCCAAGGAGUAAACCACCUCACCUCUGGAAAGCUGUCCCUGCCCCUCCAGCUUCAUGCCAUGCACUAAAAUCCAUCCUUUGUUCACCCCACCCUCCCNUGUCUUACCACCUCUCAACCAGCCUUCCACCUCGUCAGUUGACCCACAACCCACUACCAUUUCAGAUAGUGGGUGCCAAGCUUUCAAAAACCAGGAGCUCUCCAUUCCCCCCCCCUAUACAACCCUCCCCCUUUGCCACUCCCACCAACCUUAUUGAUCUUGGUCCCACCCCGCCAGUCUCUCCACGCAAUACAGGAGGCAGCAAAGAUGACUCCAUGACGAACCUUAUUUCCCAAGAUCCAACUUUUACCAUCCUUAACUCCCUUGGACUCCAGCAUCUUUACCGUUCGGACUUCUCUCAAGAGGAUUUGAGGGAGUGUGAUGAUAUCCUUCACCUCCUUGGAUUCUCCAGUAACUCCCAAUCCAUCUCGUGCAGAUUCCUCCAUAAGGAACUCAAUAAAAUCUUCAACAUUACUGCUGUUUAUGGAAAACACUCUAUCAUUGAGCGUCAAGAGCUCUGGCAUUCCCUUUCAGAAACAUGUCCUUCAGAUGAGGCUUGGAUUGUAGGGGGGGAUUUCAAUGCAAUCCUCUCCCUAGAUGAACACAAAGGCAACUCCUCUCCACCCCUUAAAAGCAUAGAAGAAUUUCAAGAAUGCCUUUCGAGUAACUCCCUCACAAGCAUACAACCUGUUAAGGGCUGGUUCACUUGGAGUGGGAAUAGAGGGCAAGGGCGGCUUUGGAGAAGGUUGGACAGGGUCCUGGCUAACAUUGAUUGUCUUAAUUUUUUUGCAGAUAUUAAAUGCCUCCACCUUAGUAAGGCAGGCUCAGAUCAUAACCCCUUGCUCCUGGAUUGCAUUCUGGAAACCCCAAGAUCUCCUAAAGGGUUCAAAGUCCUUAAUGAGCUAAAAUCAGCAAUCCGUAAGUGGAACAAGGAAUCCUUUGGUGAUAUUUUUCAAAAUCUUAAAAAAGCAGAGGAAGAAGCCAUCACUGCAGAACUCUCAUAUGAUUCCAACCCUAUUGAAUCCAAUAGGGAAGCUUGGUCGCAAGCUAUGGCUAACCUGCUAAUGGCAACUAAAAAAGAGACGGAAUAUUGGAAGCAAAAGGCCCAAAUACGGUGGAUGGAAAAGGGAGACAUCAAUUCCAAGUUCUUCCAUUCCUUCGUUAAGGGCAGGAGAGCUAAACUCACUAUAUCACAAAUCAAAUCCAGAUCAGGUCAAACGCUUAAGGACGCUGCAAGCAUUGAGGCUGAAGCUGUCGACUUCUUCACCCAAACCUUCUCCCACUCCAGCAUUACUGAUCCUCAGGAGAUUCUGAAAUUUAUCCCCCAAGUAAUCAGCGAGGAAGAUAAUGCCUUCAUAUCACGCCUUCCUUCCAUGGAAGAGGUUAAACAGGCAGUUUGGGAACUUGACCCGCAUAGCACUUGUGGCCCGGAUGGAUUUAAUGGAGAGUUCUUUCGCAGGACCUGGCACAUCUUGGGGAAGGACCUCCUACUUGCCGCGCAAGAGUUCUUCCUGGGAAUUCCCCCUCCCACAGCUUAUGGGGCCACCACCUUAACCCUUAUACCCAAAAUCCCAAACCCUCAAACUUUCAACGACUUUCGCCCCAUCUCCCUCUCUACCUUCAUGAGGAAGGAUAUUGCUGAUCAAAUUCUUAUUACCGGAGAACUCCAUCACUCCCUUGACAGGAAAGUUAAUGGGGGGAAUCUCAUCAUCAAGGUGGACAUGGCCAAGGCGUUUGAUAGGCUCAACUGGGAGUACCUCCAGGGUGUCCUUUCAGCUUUUGGUUUCUCCCCUCAUGUCAUCAGAAUUCUCUUUGCAAAUCUUAAAUCCACCCACUUCUCAAUCCUAAUCAAUGGUGAACCCACUGGUUUUUUCAAAAUGGAAAGAGGCAUCAAACAAGGAGAUCCUCUCUCGCCAUUGUUAUACAUCCUGGGGGCUGAAGGUCUAAGCCGAACCCUUAACCACCAUGUAAACUCCAGCUUCAUCACACCUUUCAAUGCAAGCAGAUGCCCCAGGAUUAACCACCUGGCCUUUGCGGAUGAUCUGAUCCUUUUCACCAAUGGACACUUCAGAUAUCUCCUUAGAAUCAAAGGAAUCCUUGAAACUUACCUAGAAGCCUCUGGUCAAGCAAUAAAUUAUGAUAAGAGCAGAUUCUACAGCCCUACCAGGACCCCUCCAGCGUCACUUUCUGCAAUGGAAAGAGCCUUGAGUAUGAAGCCAGGAGCCAAACCUUUUAUCUACCUUGGAGCACCCAUUUGUAAAGGAAAGUUGAAAAAGGAACAUUGUUCUUCCCUGUUUACUCACUUUGAAAAAUUCCUGUCCUCCUGGUACAGUAAAGCCCUCAACCCCAUUGGUAGGCUUAUCCUUAUUAAGCAUGUAUUGUCUUCCAUUCCUUUACAUUUAGUGGCAGUUCAUUCUCUCCCCCUUGAGGUGAUCAAACUUCUCCACAAAAUGAUGGCCAGUUUUCUUUGGGGAGCAAAAGAAGGCAUACAAAAACACCACUGGAUCAAAUGGGACAAAUUUUGCCUUCCUACGGACCAAGGAGGGUUGGGGAUUAGAGAUCUUCUCCAUAUCCAACAAGCAUACUCCCUUAAGUUGUGGUGGAAAACCCAACAUGAAGACAGCCUCUGGACUAAGCUAAUGAGAGCCAAGUAUCAUAUCCAUCCCAGUUCCAUUAAAGAGAAAAUUACAAACUCGCCGGUUUGGAAAAGGAUUGCAAGGAUACACUCCCAAGCUUUAAAAGUCCAAGCCAAUGAUUCUGUUCUCAUGAACAUGGGUCCGUUCUCUAUCAAAAAUGCCUACUCUUGCUUCGUCCAACCCUCCCCCUUGCCUCUCUCCUGCAAGUUCAUCUGGCACAAGCUCCAUAUCCCGAACCUGAAGCUGUUUCUGUGGAAAAUUUUCCACCAUGCACUCCCCUUCACGCCAAAUCUGAGGAAACUUGGCUUCCAAAUUUGUGGGAGAUGUCCUCUUUGCAAUAACGAUGAGGACUCUGUUGACCACACUCUUCUACACUGCCCAGUUUCCCUCCAUUUAUGGACCCUUUUUGGUAACACGAUUGGGGCCCCCCUUCCACGACCGGGUACAAGCAUCACGCAUCAUUGCAUGGCAUGGUGGAUUGGAGCCAGGGGAACAGCAGCGACAGUGUCGAAGCUGGUAGCCAAACUGGAUUUGAAGCCGCACCCAGAAGGUGGCUUCUACAGGGAAACAUUCAGAGACCCUUCCCUCCUCUCCAAAUCUCAUCUUCCUCCUACUUACAAAGUCGAUCGACCCGUCAGUACAUCUAUAUACUUCUUGCUUCCUUCGGCAUCUGUCUCUCACUUGCACCGCAUCCCGUGCGCAGAAACGUGGCAUUUCUAUUUGGGAGAGCCAAUUACGAUUGUGGAACUCAACGAGAGUGAUGGUUGUAGUGUGAAGCUAACACGCCUGGGGCCUGAUCCACUUGCAGACAAUGGGGAGGUGGUGCAGCACACUGUGCCUCCAAAUGUGUGGUUCGGCGCGUUCCCAACGAACGACAUUGGGAUCUCCUCUGACAUGAAAUCUCUUGUGAAAACAGCUCCAAGAGAUGGGGAGAGUCACUUCUCUCUGGUCGGGUGUACCUGUGCACCCGCCUUCCAGUUUGAGGACUUUGAGCUUGCAGGGAGGCGUCACCUUGUUUCCAAAUUUCCUGAUCACGAGCCGUUAAUAUCAUUGCUCACCAUUGCUUAACUUGCUGGUUUCUUGCCCUUAUAUAUAGUCCUGGAAUAUCAUUGUUACUCACGCUAUACCAAAUCCCCCAUGUUCUAUUUUAUUGUAUAUCAUUGUUACUCACGCUAUACCAAAUCCCCCAUGUUACUCACGAUUCUCUAAUGUAAGAAACUUUAAAAAUCAUA